AUGGAAUUUAACGAGUUCCUGUCGACAGGUGAACCCUCAGAUAACGUUCGAAUCGUUGCUGCAAUACUUCUAAGCCUGGUAAGGAAUAAUUUAGCGGCGUGAGCAUUUCAAUACUUUUCAGGUCAGUGUGGUUGGUGCCAUUUUCAACACUCUUGUUUUUGCUGCUAUUUUAAUACGGAUCAACAAGAAAGACGGGUUUCUCAAAAUUUGUUGCACUAAAAGUUUUGGUAACGAUAUUGUUUGUAUAGGAUACUUGAUUUGGCCAGUACCGGUCACGUUUUUGUAUGUUCUGUAACGGUUACAAAUGUUAUUUUUCGAAACAAUUCAGAAAUAGCUACUUUCUACCUCACAUGUUCAAUGCUUUUAUGGGUCAGUUAGUUGGCUGGUUUGGAUGGUGCAUAGGUACUAGUGUAGGUUAAUCAAAAUAAACGUUUGUUUCAGGUCCGCUUGCCCAAGUUCUUUUGACUAGUAACAGAGUACUAGCAGUUUUCUUUCCCGCUCUCUAUCAUAGGUCUUAUAAGUUUACUCCAAGUAAUGUAAGUUUCAGUUUUUUCAACAGUACCCUUACUUUCCAUUUAUUCCCAGGUUGGUAUUGUUAUUUGCCUCACCCUUGCUUUGCUUCUCUUUAGCGCAUUUUUCCCAGGCAUUUACGUUUUUCGAAACUUCCUAUCAAUGAAAGUUUUCAGAGGAUUGUCACUAUUUGUACAGCUUGGAAUAUCUUGGAUGGCUUCCAGAAGAAAGUUUUUGUACAUCCGUACGCCGAUCAAUUUUUAUUGUUUCCAUGA